CCUGCCCCGCCCCGUGGGCCCUGCAGCCCCCGCCGCCGCCGCCACCCGCGCGCCCCACUCCCGGAGCAGUUCCUGCGCGGCGCGAGACGCACCAUGGCUCGCCGGGCCGCCCUCGCGCUGCUGCUGGUCGGCCUGCUCAGCACCCUGGUGCCCGCCUGGGGCCAAGAUUUCGACUUGUCGGAUGCCCUUGGUGAUGACGACAAGAAGCCCACGGCACCCCCCAAGAGACCCAGCUCUGACGAUGAUGGGUUCAGUCUGGAAGAUGCUGUCGGCGGGGGAGGAGAGAAUGACCCAGUGCCACCUAAACCACCCAAACCGAAGCCUCAUCCGAACCCCAACCAGCCUGGAUCUUCUGGUGGUUUUUCAGAUUCCGAUCUCAUCGAUGGAGCUUCAGAUGGAGGAGGUGGUGGCGGUGGUGAUGGAGGAAGCCAAAAGCCUGAUGGGGGGGAGCAGGCUGACUCCCCUGGGGUAAUCCCUGGCAUCAUUGGGGCCGUUGUGGUGGCCGUGGCCGGAGCAAUCUCUAGCUUUAUCGCCUACCAGAAGAAAAAGUUGUGCUUCAAAGAAAACGCCGACCAAGGUGAGCCCAGCACCAAGAACCAGCAGAACACCAGCGCCGACCAGCCAGUUCAGUGGAGUCUUCUGGAAAAGUAGAAGCUUGACUGCAAACGCAAAUCCUCGACGUUCCCAGCAGGAGAACAAGAAGACUCCCCUGCUGCAUCUUCCCAAGAAACACGUGCACCAGGGUGGCGGUGGCCGCGGCGGAAUCCAGCCCUGUCCUGCCCACGCCUGUGCUCACGUUGAGACUCUUUGUUUUGACCUUGAGAUGCGUUGUGCCCAUUUGCACCAUGCUGGGUAGACGAGGGAUACUAACGCCGAGUGUUGCACCCCGAGAGGGGAGUUUUGCUCACCCUGUCCGUGGCCGUUAAGGGUUUCCCCGUGGGGUGUGAAAGGCCGAUUGUCCAUCACAAAGUCAUCCCAAUACCGACCCCACUGAAGCUCCCCCACCCGGAACUCUGGGCCGUUUACCAAUUAACGUGUGAGUUAAACAGAACUGUCCCUGGCAUUGACCCUCGGAUAUGGUGAGAUAAGCGUUUCAUUAGUGUCCUCAAAAUGUCCUUCAUUGGGUAAGAUUUUUUUUUCACACCAGACUAAUAAAAAAGAAAUUAGAAACCAA